GCGGCGGGACCCGGGCGGGCGCGGCAUGAAGGCCCGCGGCCCUGGGGGCUGAGGCGCCCGCCGCCUGCCGCGGGCCGCGCGUUCUCCUCCAUGGAGGCUGGAGAGGAACCGCUGCUGCUGGCUGAACUCAAGCCCGGGCGCCCCCACCAAUUUGACUGGAAGUCCAGCUGUGAAACCUGGAGUGUCGCCUUCUCCCCAGAUGGCUCCUGGUUCGCCUGGUCUCAAGGACACUGCAUCGUCAAGCUUAUCCCCUGGCCACUGGAGGAACAGUUCAUCCCUAAAGGGUUUGAAUCCAAAAGCCGAAGCAGCAAAAAUGAUCCAAAAGGAAGAGGCAGCCCAAAAGAGAAGACGCUGGACUGUGGUCAGAUCGUGUGGGGUUUGGCCUUCAGCCCGUGGCCCUGUCCACCCACCAGGAAGCUCUGGGCGCGCCUCCACCCUCAAGUGCCAGACGUCUCCUGCCUCAUCCUGGCUACAGGACUCAAUGAUGGGCAGAUCAAGAUCUGGGAGGUGCAGACAGGACUUCUGCUUUUGAAUCUUUCUGGCCACCAAGAUGUCGUGAGAGAUCUGAGCUUCACACCCAGUGGCAGCUUGAUUUUGGUCUCUGCAUCACGGGACAAGACUCUUCGAAUCUGGGACCUAAAUAAACAUGGCAAACAGAUUCAGGUGUUAUCGGGCCACCUGCAAUGGGUUUACUGCUGCUCCAUCUCCCCUGACUGCAGCAUGCUGUGCUCUGCAGCCGGAGAGAAGUCGGUCUUUCUAUGGAGCAUGCGGUCCUACACUCUGAUCCGGAAGCUAGAGGGCCACCAAAGCAGUGUUGUGUCUUGUGACUUCUCUCCUGACUCCGCCUUGCUUGUCACAGCUUCUUAUGACACCAGCGUGAUUAUGUGGGACCCCUACACUGGCGAGAGGCUGAGGUCACUCCACCACACCCAGCUUGACCCUGCCAUGGAUGACAGUGAUGUCCACAUGAGCUCCCUGAGGUCCGUAUGCUUCUCUCCUGAAGGCUUGUACCUGGCCACGGUGGCGGAUGAUAGGCUCCUCAGGAUCUGGGCUCUGGAACUGAAGGCUCCAAUUGCAUUUGCUCCUAUGACCAAUGGUCUUUGUUGCACAUUUUUUCCACAUGGUGGAGUUAUUGCCACAGGGACAAGAGAUGGCCACGUCCAGUUCUGGACUGCUCCAAGAGUCCUCUCCUCACUGAAGCACUUAUGCCGGAAAGCUCUUCGAAGUUUCCUGACAACCUACCAAGUCCUAGCACUGCCAAUCCCCAAGAAAAUGAAAGAGUUCCUCACAUACAGGACUUUUUAAGCAGCGCUGUCCAUCCUGUUUUCUUUGUAGCAGAAUCAUCUUCCCCACAGAGGAGCAGCAGGAGCAGCGGACCAAACAUCUGGUCUUGGUGCAAUAGAACUGUGGGGUUGCGACUAGAAUGUAGCGAGCCAGAGCCCCCUGGACCAGCACAGAUCUUUAUCCUGUGGCAUGUGCAAGUCGGUCCUACUUGGGUGGGGGAAGAGUCUGCUCUGCGGCCACAGAGCCUUACCUUAAGUCUUUGUCUCUUGUGAACAGCCAUCGUGGAAUCUAGUUGUUUUAAUACAAAGUGCAGUUUCUUGUAGUUUUGGUAAUAAAAGCAAGGCCUCCAGAGCCUGUAGUGGUGGCAGCGUUCACACUUCUCAGCUGGGCAGUGACAGCUGCAUAGCAUAGUACCUGUCCCCUUGGUUGUGGACAUUGGUAGCAUAGCUAAGUUCCCCUGCUGGGGUCAGUUGUUUGCACAUUGGCAAGUGCUUCUGACCAGCUGAGGGUCUGAACUGCAGGUGAAUCAGGCUGUCCUGACCAAGACACUAUUCUUGGCCUUUUUCUUUCUAAACAGUGGUGUGCAUGUGCAGGAAAUGACAAAUGUGUCAGAUUACAAGGAUAUUUUCCUAAACUGCAUGACUGUCCAACGGCUCUGAGCUGUCAAUUGUAGGCCAUUUAUUAGCAUCGUAUUUAUUUGUAUGUUCUCAACAGAUGUGAAGGUACAGCUGUGUUUUUUGCAAAGGUAUCUGAACACCAGAGUACUUAACGGAGCAGUUGUGAAGAUGUGUCUUAGUUGCGUGAAGAGUUGGUGGUGUCAUCCCUUUGGCUCAUACUCUUAUGUCUGACAUCUGUCUUGCUGCUUGACCUCAUUGGAUUCAUCCGCCGAGUUCAACUCCCCCUAAGCAAACAGCUCCUCACGUACUGUUACUCGGUAGCAUGCGGUGACCUGACUGACACCUCUUUCAGACUCUGCCUUAGGAAAGUUAAUAUAUUUUAAAUUAUUUUAAAGGACAUGUAACAUCUUUGGCUUAACGGAUGCUCAUGGAGGCAGUGUUCACAUUGUACAGCGUGCUGACAAUAGAGGGGCCUCCUCUGUUGCUUGAAGAAAGCAUUUCAAAAUGAGCCUUUCAUUGAAGGAAAAACA